CUCUUGUUCAGAGCCCCGGCAUCCUCCCCGGCAUCCUCCGGCAGCACCGGAGCCAGAGCCCCAGCAUCCUCCGGCAGCACCGAUGCUGAGCACGGAAAGUUUCGCAGGGGCGAGAGCCCUGGGCGAGGAGUCGCUGCAGAUGUGGGACCUCAACAAGCGGCUGGAGGCGUACCUGGCCCGCGUGAAGUUCCUGGAGGAGGAAAACGAGGUGCUGCGAGCCGAAAUCCAGAGCGCCAAGGGCAGCCCGGCCGGGGACUCGUGGCGGGCAAAGUACGAGGAGGAGCUGCGAGCCCUGCGGGAUGCGCUGGAUCAUGCCUUCAGGGAGAAGUGCACGGCCGAGCUGGCCAGGGACAACCUCUACGAGGAGGUCCAGCAGGUGAAAGGCAGGUGCCAGAAGGAGCAAGCAGCCCGAGAAGAAGCCAAGAAGCAGCUAUCCUUGAGCAGGAAGGAGCUGGAGGAGGAGAGGAGAGCGCAGAUCUGGUUGAAGGAGAGAGCCGUGCAGCUGGAGAAGGAGGUGGAAGCCUUGCUGGAGGUGCACGAGGAGGAGAAAGCAGGGCUGGACCAGGAGAUCGCGAGCUUCUCGCAGAGCCUGGAGAGCUUCCGCUGCGCGCCGGUGGCUUUCCAGCCCGUGGAGGUGGAGGACUACUCCAAGAGGCUCUCGGAGAUCUGGAAAGGGGCGGUGGAGACCUACAAGACGGAGGUGUCGCAGCUGGAGGGUUCCCUCUGCCAGGCCAAGGAGAACCUCUGGAAGGCGGUGGAGGACAACCAGCAGAACCAGCUGCAGCUGCAGCACCUGGAGAAGGACCUGGCAGGGCUCAAAGCGCGGAAGGAGAUGCUGGAGGAGAGCCUGGCCCGGCAGUGGCAGGAGCAGCGCGGGGAGGCAGAGAAGUUCCAGCUGGCGAUGGAGGCCCUGGAGCAGGAGAAGCAGACCCUGCGGGUGCAGAUCGCCCAGGUGCUGGAGGACAGGCAGCAGCUCAUGCACCUCAAGAUGUCCCUCAGCCUGGAAGUGGCGACCUACAGGACGCUGCUGGAAGCAGAGAGCACCCGCUUGCAAAUGCCAGCCGGGGAAUACAAGCUGGCCAACGGCUUGCGAGAUCUCAAGCUGGAGGUGAGCAGCGGCACCAAGCUGGCACCGGCAAGCGCCGAGACCAGGCGGCUGCUGCCCCGGGACCACCGCGCCAGCCCCUCUGUCUUCUCCAGGGCGGAGGGGAGGGGGCAGCCAGCAAAAGCCCAAAGCGACGCUCUGACACCCAAAAGCCAGAGCCCCGGUGCCAGGGAGCUCCAGAAAAUCAGCUCAGUCCUCCAUGCCACGGCAGCUCAGGCUGCCGGCACGGCCAGGGAGCCGGGUACCCCCAGCCACCCCGCGCCAAGCCCCUCACAGCCCGGCAAAGCUGCCCCUCCUCUCUCCCUGGAGCCCCCCAGCUCCAUGUCGCUGGAAUCAGGGAGCCUGGGGGGAGAGGGUCCUGCCUGGCCGGGGGGAGACGGCGGUGAGAUGAGCCAAGGGAAGGAGCAUCCUCCACCCGCAGCCGUGGCGGAGACCCACGAUGCCAGCGCUGAGCCCCCGGGAACGGCACCCGCCUGCAGCCUGCGGUACCCAGCCCAGCUGGUCAGCGAGGCGCUGGAGGAUGCUCUCAAGGAAAUGAAAGACGAUGCUCAGCCCAGCGAAGAGCCCACGCUCAGCGCCGCGUGGGCCCCCCGGGACGCCCGUGCCCCCAGCCCCGUUCCACCCAUAGAGGCUCGUGAAGGGGCUGUGGCAGAGGGGGCCGGGGAUGGUGAAGCCCCCGAAGUGGAGGAGAGGGCUGGGGAAGCCGUGCUCCAGGGGCUGGGUGCGGAGAGCAGCACUCUGCGGGACGAAGCCGUGUCCCCGCUGGGACUGCAUCCCUGCGGAAUAGUUGCUUCCCUAAGCGCCACGGAGAGCCGGGAAGAGACGGGAGAGUGGGAGGAGGAGAUGCCCACUGUGCUGAGCCCAAGGGAAGCAGAAGCGGUGCCCCAGGAAAAGGACACAAGUGGCCCUGGCCAGAUGGGGACCGGCUGGGAAGAGCCAGAGCGAGGGGAGGAUGAGGCAGAGGCCCCAAGCGUGGAGGCAUCGCACCCCUCGGAGGAUGAGGAGGAGAGGGGACCCCCCAGCCCCUGCGGGGAGGAUGGCGAUUUCCAGGGCAAAGGGAUGGAUGUGCGAGAAGGGGAGUCCCUGCAAAGGGAAGUCGAAGCUGCUCGUGCUGUCCCCCUGGAAAGCCACCCUGUUGUGCCCACGGAAAGUCACCUGGAAGAGGACCUUGCUGAUGGAGACCACGAAAGGUUUGAGCAUCAGGAAAUGCCCGUGUGUGAGAUGGAUCUGACUGCAGAGGAGGAAAGGGGGCAGGAGACGUGCCCAGAGCAGGAGCCGUGCCUGGAGCAGGAGCCUUCGAGCAUCCAUGAGGCCAUCCCAGCAGAAGAGGCUUCAUCGGGGGCUGAAGAAGAUGGCGUGGGAGGGGAGGAUCCAGGCAGAGCAAAAGAUGGUGAGGGAGAAAAGGGAGAGGCCAGUGAGGAGGCGCUGGGAGGAGAAGACCCCCCAGCAGGAGAGGCUUCGGGACCUGAAGCCCUGGGGCAGGAGAGCGGAGCCCAGGAGGAGCAGGGAAGCUUUGCAGAAGAGGUGCGGGAGCAGGAGGAGCUGGAGCCGGAGCCGGAGCCGGGAGAGGAGCCCUGGGGCAGGGAGGGUGAUGGCAACGGCCAAAAACCCCAUCCAGAGGACUGGAAGGUGACAGCAGAGGACACAGAGGGGGCUCUGGGGACAGAAGAGCCAGCCUGGGCAGAUGACACCCCGACAAGCGCAGGAGGGCUGGAAAGCGAGGAGACAGAGGGCACAUCGCCGGCAGAGCUGGAGGAAACCCAGGAGGAUGAUGAAGAUGCCGAGAGCCAGGGCAUGAGCCAGCAGCAGCCACCGCCGGAGGCUGAGCCGGCCCCGGGGCUGGCGAGGGAUGAGCAGGAGGGCACCGAGGGGCAGCCUGCCUGGGCACCCACAGACACCCCCGGGCGAGGGGACAGCCAGGAGCCAGCCGAGGGUCCAGAGGAGCCAUGGGAGGUGCAGGAUGAGGAUGCCGAUGACGAGCUUGGCUCGGACCCGGGACAGCCAGAGAGCGGUAGCACCGUCCCCGCGGCACUUCAGCAGGGUCCGGGUGAUGGCGCGGAGAGCGGCGAGUCGGCAGAGGAGGAUGUUGGACGAUCGGGAGAGCUGGAGCAGGCACCAGGGACGGGCAGGAGCGUGGAGCUGGAGGACACGCUGCCCGACAGCACUCCCUUGCACCUCUACGAAGGGGAGAUGCUGGCUGUGGUUGCACCCAGCCAAAACUCUCCGGAGACUGAGGAGACCACAGAGACAGCCCCCUCAUCCGAAAUAGCUCCAGAGGAUGAAGGAUGGCUGGAAGAAAGGGAGAAGCCACUAACUCCCACCGUGCCAGAGAGCCGCGAAGAGGAGGCAGGGAUGGAGGUGGCCCCUGCGGCAGAGGGUGCUGAGGAAGAGGAAGGCUAUUUCAUGGUCUCUGCUCCCAACCCAGAGGUGUCCAGCUCGGAGGAAGCAGAGAUCUCCGAGGACUUUGAAGAGAUAAAGGUUGAAGCAACCGAAGCCAGCAAAGAUGAUCUGGAAGCUCCUGGAAAAGUGUCUCUGGUGCCAGAGGACGAAGGGCACUUUGAGACGUUUAUUGGUGAAGCAGAUGAAGACAUGAAGAUGCCCACAGAAGAACCUGAGAUGCCAGAGGAUGAGGAUGAGGACGAUGCUGGGGGUUUUACUGCUGAGCUGGAGGAAGGCCCAGCUCUGCUCCAGGCAGAUCCCGGCUACCCCGGGGCCAUGGAGCCAUUAGGAGGAGGCGCUGACGAGCCAGGCCAGGGUGCCGCGGGCUCCGGCGCACAUGAGGGUCCAGGGCACUCGGAAGGCUUGGCCACCGAAUCGGUCGAGGAGCUCGACGGCAUGGUGGAGCCGGAGAGCGAUGCCGACAGAGCUGAAAUGCUCCCAAGCGGCAACCUGGGGCUGUUGGGGCAGGAGGAGGAGGAAGAGGACGAGCCCAGCAUGGCUCACCACGAUGUGGCCGAGCCCAUCCCUCCGGCAGGGCUCCAGGCCCAGGCAAUGCCGGUUUCUCCACUGCCUGACCAAGCGGAGCGGACAUCGGAUGAGCAGCCAUCUGUGGAGGAGGAAGCACCGGACGGCGACAGCCCUCCCAUGGGUGGGGACGAGGAGCCCCCCGAGGCUGACCCACCUCAGCCCGGCUCCGUGCCGGAGCAGGGAGGUUUUCCAGAGGUGAUUCAAGAAAGCCCAGAUAUGGCCGAUCUCUCUGCAAAGGUGCCGGCGGACGUCAUGAAAGACUCGGAUAUUUUGGAAAUAGUUGAGCAAGCCCUGGAGUUCAACCAGGAGCUGGUGAUGGGGGUGAGGGCGGCCGAGGGCGGGCAGCGGGAUCCCGGUGGGACUGAGCUUCCCCGGGACACGGGGGAAGACUCCUCACCUGCCUCGUCCAGCAAGGAGGAGCUGACGGUGCAGGAGGUGCCAGCGGAUGUGACACUGGGGACAGAGGGUCCGGUUCGGGCCGAGAACGGGCUGCACCGGGAGGCCAGCCUGGAGGACCUGGCCGAAUUCACCGAGGAGGUGCUGAACGGCAUCGCCGGCAUGCUGCCGGCACAGGAUUUCCCUGCGGAGACCGCAGACCCCACCGCGGUGAUGCCGUCACAGCCCCCUGCUCCCGGAGAUGCCACUGCCGCCAAGCUGGCCGAUGCCACCCUGCGUGGCAAGCACGGCGGAGCCGACACCGUCCCUGUGCCGUCCCCUUUGGGGGAUGACGUCUUGUGCCUCGCACCCGACCAGCCGCCGGCGUGCCGGCUGAGAGCCGAGCAGGAGCCCUGGUCCUCGGGGGAUGAGUGAUGGCGGUGGGGGGGGACCCCUCCGGCAGCCCCCUCCCUCCCCAAACCCAGCACCCUCACUUCGCCCACCCGCCCACCUAACGCUUCUCCAUCUCCUUAUGAUUUUUAACACAUUUGUGUGGAUUUUUUGCACCCCUUUUCAGAGUGAAGAACCACCAAGCUCAGUUCCCCCUCCCCUGCCCCCCAAAUUCGCAUGCUUGCUCUGGGACCCCAGCCUCAUUUUGUGCCCCCUCUGGGUGGGUUGCCGUGGCUGUAUUUAAUUUAAACCCCAUGUUUCCCCUUUCGCUGUGAUCUCUCCCCUUCAGCCCCUCCCCAGCGCAUCCGCCCUGGGAAGCCCAGCUGGAGGCUGGGGACCCCCCGCACGCUGCACCCCGGGACCCAGCGCCUUGGGGCGAGGGCACCCCGGGGUCCCCAGCCCCGACCCGCCGACCCACGCCGGAUGUAUUCGCUGCCUUGACAUUAAU